GUAAGCAAAAAGCACAAAUACUGGAAAUUGAUGAAUCAGGUGAUCAUGAUGAAGACGACACCGAUGAAUUGUUUGAUGAACUUGAGUACAAAAGUGAAGAGCUUGAAGAACUUGAAAGUUUUUCAUCUGAUUGUAUAUCAUCCGAUGAAAAAAGUAUUGUAAAAAAAAAAAAGGAUACAAAAAUAGUUGAAAUUGAAAGCCUGGCUGUAUGUUUGGCGGUGAUAGAAGAAAUUCCAAUUGAUAAGAAAGCACCCGCUGAUGAAAAACCAACAAUAGAAGAACAAUUAAAUAAGAUUAUUGACGAUACAAAUAUUGAAGAAAAAUAUAAAGAGAGCGUAAAAGAGUUAUUUAAAAACAAUAAGAACUUAUUUGCAAAUGGACUAGAAGAACUUGGACGAACAAACCUCGUGAAAUAUGUGAUCAAGACCCAAGAUGCCGAACCCAUCAAGCAACCGCCGUAUCGAUUGGCCCCAAACAAACAAGACUUUGUGCGUAAAGA